AUGAGUUUCUUUGUGGUUCCCCUGGUGUCGUACCAGACACAGCAAAAAUUGAAGUCACACAAGGAAAAGAAAAAGGCCAAGGAGAAGAAGAAGGAAGUGGAGAAAGAAUUGAAGAGGCAAGACGAACAAAGACAUGACAGUGACGUUAGUAGCAUAAUGUCGAAACGGAAAAAGAAACCAGGAUGGGGAAUACUCCAUAGGACAUCGACGAGCUCAAAAACAUCUACAGAUGUGAGAGAUGAUGCAGAAUACGAGGACGAUGCAAAAUCGAUAACGUCGGCGUACACAACCACAACAACAACAAAUCCACCAGUAAUGGCUCUGGAUCCAGAAGUUGUUUCAGACGCGGAAGAUUGGGAAUCACUAUAUCUGGACCAAGUACUGAAGUCUAAGCUGUUUACUAAUCUAGCCAAAGCAAGAUCAGAGGAACCAGAACAGAGACGAUUCAAUUUGGAUGAAGUUUUGAGCGAGGGCGAAGAACCUAAAAUAAACUUGCAACUGGUGCGGGAACAAGCUCCAGACACGGACAGUUUAACAAGUUCGCUGACAAAUUUGGGUCAUUCGCAAUCAAUGUCUUCGAUCCCACCUAGGCGUGGCUUGCCAGAGCAAGCAGAAAGAGAAGACGACAUAUCCGCGCUAAUUGCAAACAAUUAUGGAAAAACUAUGCGGCCAGACGCAUUCAAACCACUCAAUUUUCACGACCAGCAGCCCUUACACUCAAUGAGUCCCAAAUUGGCAUCAACGCCAGCAAUAUCUCCGUUGACUCCAGUGGUUCCAUCGUCAACAUUUCAAGCGUCUAGUCCCCAGUCGAUGCAAAACCCACGUCCGCGUGUAAACUCUGCUUUCACAGCAACGUCAGCACCGUCGAGCCAUUCACAGCAAAGAUAUCCCCUGAAUGCUGCGUUUCAUAGAAACUCAUCAUUGGCAUCAAAUAGCACAACACAAUCACAGCCUCCAAUGGGGACCAAAGAAUCUUCGAGCAAGUUUAAGAAAUUACAUUUUCUCAGUGGUAAUACUAAGAAAAAGAGUCCAUCAAAGUCACUCCCCUCUCUGCCAGGUACAAACUCACCCCGUCAGUCACCUGGGUCAACCCAGGCUACAGAUUCUUACUUUCCAAAUGUAACAAGUCAAUCUCCAAAAUCAACAAUCCCUUCUUUCCACACGGUAAUAGACCUAUCUGUGCUCAAUUCAUAUGAUGGAAUUAAACAAAAUUUGCUCAACCCUCAAUAUCAAGUGUUUCGUUACAACAAUUUUCUUUCAUUGAUGAGCGAGUAUCACUCAUGUGAUGCUAUACAUUUUGCUAAAAUCAGGAACCAGUCAUUGUUGAAGUUUAUCGUGAGGCAUAAACGAGCCAAAGCUGUGGUUGAUGAACGUGGAUAUUUUGAUCAAGAGAAUUAUCGCGAUUUGCACAGUACCGAGUGCAUUUUGGCUUACUUUUUAUAUCAUCAAAUUAGAAGCGAUUUGCGAAGAUUUAUCAAAAUUGCGUCAAAAAAUCACCAGUUGGCCAAUCAUGAAGAGUUGAUCCAUACCAGUUUCGUCAACUAUGUUCGUUACUUGGUGCUAUUGCCAGAGGUUGACAAUAUCGACGUCUUGAGUGAGGAAUUCAAAAUACAUCUUCAGAAUAAACGAGUUUUUGAUACAAUUGCAAAUUCACUUUAUGUUUUGAAGCAUGAUGUUUCCAGUGAUGUAUCAAAUGAAAACAACAAGGCAACAAAAGCUAAGCUAUUGGUUGAGUGCGUGACCAAAGUAUCUUACGAGUACAUUCUUCUUGAAAAAUACAGAUUUGACAUGAUUUCAAAGUAUUUUGCAAAUCAUUUGAUCACAAGACGUCCCUUGAAGGAGUUGUUCAAUCUUUACAAGACUAAUGUGACGCUCAACAAUGAGGAAAGUCUCAAGGUUUUACUAUACAAUGCAUCAAAUUCAGCACAGUAUGGAUGGUACCUUGCAUUGACGGUCCCGUUUGUCAGAUUUGUUGAAACUAGUAUAUAUGCUGAGGAUAUGGGUGUACUUCAAGAUUACCACGUUUAUCAGAAGCUUGAAGAGGCAACAAUCAAAACCAAUUUCACCAAAUCGGAUAGAGAAUUGUAUCAAGCUGCUAGGCUGAAGUUGAAUUUGACUACAUAUCAAGAAUAUAAUGCAAUGAGUAUGGAUAGCCUUGUAUCAUUGAGCAAGAAAAAUGAUGGCAAUAUGCCAAGCAAUGACAAUGCCAAUCGCGAUGCAAGUCCUGAUCCUAGCGGCGCAGCUAGUUACAAACCAAGAAACUUUGAAUACUACAAUAAAAGUCUAGCUACCAUUCCAUCCAAUUCAUUCAAUCUUAUUCAAACUACCGAUUUACCAUAUCAAGUUAAACGAGAAAACUACAAAACCAUUUUGCGUGAAUUUCACCGAAUUCUCAAACCUGGUGGUUCAUUAAUCACAAACUCGAUACAUUUUGGAUCCAAAUCGACUGGUGAUUUUCUUCGCGAGCACACCAAGGGUAAUUUCCCAAGAGCUUGGAAUUAUAUCGACUUUUCAGUGUCGCAACAUUUCGAAGUGAUUCCUAAUUUUGUUGAAACUAUAUUGAUUGAAUUGAGUUCUAUUUUCGGUAAAGGUAAUGUCAAGUUUGGUAUAAGCUUAUUAUCAUCACUGUCGGAAGUCAAUUAUUUCUUAGCCAAGUUUGGCGGAAUGAAAUUGUUUGAGAUGAUUGGUAAAUUGGGUGAAUAUUGCAACUAUUUCGAAGAUGAUGAGACUGUCAAGUCGCAAAAUGAAUCCAGUGUGCAUUUUUGUGUACAUAUUGAGGCUAUUAAAAGGGCCUGA